AUCUGUGUGCAAAGAGCCUGGAAUAUUGCCUGCAACGGGGUGCCGUGCCGAUUCAAGAAACAUCGAUCGAUCCGUAAACAUCAGUUAUAUCCAGCGUUGGUUUUAUUUAGAUUUUUUGACGGGAUAUCGCCCAAUGGACUGCUUGACCUCAUUUGGAAAUGACCCCUUCGACAAACCACCAUGCAGAGGCUGCUCAUCCUAUCUAACAGAGCCUUACAUCAAGUGUGCUGAAUGUGGACCUUCUCCUUUCCUACUCUGCCUCCAGUGUUUUACCAGAGGAUUUGAAUACAAGAAACAUCAGAGUGAUCACAAGUAUGAGAUUAUGACGUCAGAUUUCCCGGUUUUGGAACCCGGGUGGACGGCACAGGAGGAGAUGGCACUACUGGAGGCCGUGAUGGACUGUGGCUUUGGCAACUGGCAGGAUGUUGCCUAUCAAAUGCGCAGCAAAAGCAAAGAGGAGUGCGAGAGUCACUACAUGAAGAAUUUCAUCAACAACCCGCUGUUCUCGUCCACGCUGCUCAGCUUGCGCAAAACUAAAGAUGCUCACUUUGCGGACGGCGCCAUUCCUUUUAAACCAACUGAUGAACCUCCUCGGCCCACCUUUGACUCUGUGCUGUCACGAGACAUGGCGGGGUACAUGCCUGCUCGGGCAGACUUCAUGGAGGAGUUCGACAACUACGCAGAAUGGGAUCUCAAGGACAUUGAUUUUGUGGACGAUGACUCGGACAUCCUACGAGCACUCAAGCUGGCAGUGGUUGAUAUAUACCAUUCAAGAUUAAAAGAGCGUCAACGCAGGAAGAAGAUUAUUCGAGACCAUGGACUGAUCAACAUGCGCAAAUUCCAGGUACUGGAGCGUUGCUACCCAAAGGAGGUGCAGGAGCUCUAUGACGUCAUGAGACGAUUUGCUCGAAUCACUGGACCUGUUGAACACGACAAGUUUAUCGAGAGUCACGCAUUGGAGUUUGAGCUGAGGCGGGAGAUUCGCAGGCUGCAGGAGUACCGGAAGGCCGGGAUCAAGUCUUUCUGCAGCGCCAAGGUGUACGAGCGGGCGAAGCGGAUGCGUGAAGAAGAGCGCAGGAAGAGGACCAUGUUGUGUGACGUGCUGCAGUACAUCCAGGACGGCAGAGCGUGCCAGCAGUGGCUCAGCAAACAGGCCUCCAUAGAUGCAGGCAUCACACCGGUUGUCACAACAAUCACAUCAGUAACAGGCAGACGGAGCGCCCCUCCCCUCAACCUGACUGGGCUGCCCGGGACAGAGAAGCUCAACGAACGAGAGAAAGAGUUGUGUCAGGUGGUACGCUUAGUGCCAGGCGCCUACCUGGACUACAAGCAGGCGCUGCUCAACGAGUGUCGGCGUCAGGGUGGUCUGCGUCUGGCUCAGGCCCGAGCGCUUAUCAAGAUCGACGUCAACAAGACGCGCAAAAUCUACGACUUCCUGAUCAAGGAGGGCUACAUCACCAAAGCAUAGGAGCCCACUUGAAUGUGUGUGUGUGUGUGUGUAUCUGUGCUCUUAAUGUGUGUAUUAAAGUGAUUCGUUUCCAAUACAAGAUGCCAUACAGAUGGACUUAUUCCUGAUGUCCUAGAAAAUGUGUGGGCACAUUGGGGCGGUGUGGCUCAGAUGGUAGAGCAGCUGAGCACAAAUUUGAGGGUUUCCGGCUCAAAUCCAGCUUUCGCCAUCCUAGUCCCUGCCGUCGUGUCUUCGGGCAGAACACUUUACCCACCUCGCUCCCAGUGCCAUCCACACGGCUGUAAAUGUAGAUAAUGGGUUUCUCACUGUAAAGCGCUUUAAGUCACUAGAGUAAAAGCGCUAUAUACUGUAAAUCUAAUUCAUUUCACUUCACCAUAUCAUUUUUUCAACGUUGACUGACAUUUUGUUGUGGUAUGGGUUUCUACUCAUUUAUACUUCAUACCUGGUCAGCCAGUUGCUCAUUGGUUGAGUACAUUGAUAGUUGUACCGAUGAAGUAUACAUAAAUGGUAACAAAAUAAAUAAACAUGCUUACUAACAUUAGCUGUGAUGCAGUUACUUUACUCGACAGUCUCCGUUUUGU